AUGUCGCUCUGUCUUACUAUCUGUGGAUACAAGAAGCCCGGCCUGAGUGAGGAGGAAUACCAUGAUUAUAUGGUCGACAUUCAUGGCCCUUUAGUUCGGGAUCUGAUGGAACAAUAUGGCAUCAAGAGAUGGACUAUGACACACAAUCUCAGCUCCACCCGGGACCAAAUGACCCAGCUGUUUGACCCGCAGUUCGCCAAUGUGGCUGACUACGACGCUUUUAUCCAAAUUCUCUUUGACGAUGUAGAAGAUUUUGUCCGCAUGAAGGCAGAUCCAUUCUUCCGAUCUAAGGUGGCGCCGGAUCAUGAAAAAUUUGCCGACACCCAACGAAGCAGGCAUGUUUUGAAA